CAACAAAGGCCGGACCUGCCGAGACUCAUACAACAGAUGCACGCCCAACAAUUGCCGCCGGGUGCGGCGAUGGGACCGCAUCCGGGCAUACCUGGACUACCCGGACUGGGUCCCGGCGCCGGCAUACCGGUGCCCACCUCGGCGUCCGCGGCUUUGCUCGGCUUGGGUCUCCCACCAGGGGCUGCCGCUACACCCGGAGGAACCGCCACACAUCCCCUCUCGAUGCUGACGAAACCGGACCUGCAUCGCGGCCAGCCCGAUGAUCUCAAGUCCAACGGAGGUCUCAAUCCAGCCGAGGAGAGGCAUAGGAACUCGAUAUCGCCGGCCGAGCGUGAGAAGUACAACAGGCCCCGCAGCACGCCGGAUCCGCAGCAUCACGAGCACCUGCAUCUGAAGAAGAUGAAGAAGGAGCAGGACAAGGACAUAGGCCAUCAAAGCGACGGUGAAAAGAGCGACCAGGACCUGGUGGUGGACGACGCGAGCGAAGGUCCGACCAGCCCGGCGGCGAACGGCACCUCCUCCCCGCGGGAGAACGGCCUUGACAAACUCGGCCCGUCCUCGGUGCCUCUGAGCGGCCAGGUGAAGAAGGAGGUGCCGCCGCCGUCACCGAGGAGCGGCACCAGCAGCAACGCCAGCACCCCGUCGGCGAAGAAGAUGGAGGAGCGCGAGAAGCCGACCACGCCGAUCUCCAAGCCGGUCACACCGACGUCUGCCGGUGGCAGUAGCUCCGGCUCGGGUGGCCUGAAGCCGUCGAGUUCCAGCAAACCGCUGGUCUCGGCCUCCGUGGUCGGUUCUUAUCCGCCGCAUUAUCCACCGCAUCACCCGCCAGCGGGUCCCCAUGUGGACAUGCUAGGCUAUCCCCCAGCGGCGCUCAACGGCUACCCGGCGAGACCGCCACUUCAGCAGCUCUACGAUCCCCACGCCAGCAUGAGAGCGCCUCUCGGCCCGCUCGGUGUUCCAGGUGGCAAACCAGCGUACAGCUUCCACGUGUCUAGCGAAGGUCAGAUGCAGCCGGUGCCUUUCCCACCCGACGCUCUAGCGGCUCCCGGGAUACCGCGUCAUGCGCGUCAGAUAAACACGCUCACCCACGGGGAAGUAGUCUGCGCGGUGACGAUCUCGAACCCGACCAAGUACGUUUACACCGGCGGCAAGGGCUGCGUCAAGGUGUGGGACAUCAGCCAGGGUGGUAGCGGCAGCGCGAAGCCCGUUUCGCAGCUGGAUUGCCUGCAACGGGACAACUACAUUAGGUCGGUGAAGCUGUUGCCGGAUGGACGGACCCUGAUAGUCGGCGGCGAAGCGAGUAACCUGAGCAUCUGGGACCUAGCCAGCCCGACUCCGAGGAUCAAGGCGGAAUUAACGUCGUCGGCGCCGGCCUGCUACGCCCUGGCGAUCUCGCCGGACUCCAAGGUCUGCUUCAGCUGCUGCAGCGACGGCAACAUUGCCGUCUGGGACUUGCAGAAUCAGACGUUGGUGCGCCAGUUCCAAGGCCACACGGACGGCGCCUCCUGCAUCGACAUCUCCGCCGACGGCUCGAAGCUGUGGACCGGCGGCCUCGACAACACCGUGCGCUCGUGGGACCUGCGGGAGGGCAGGCAGCUGCAGCAGCACGACUUCACCUCGCAGAUUUUCUCGCUCGGCUAUUGCCCUACCGGCGAAUGGCUGGCGGUGGGUAUGGAGAACUCGAACGUCGAGGUGCUCCACGCCACCAAGCCGGACAAGUAUCAGCUGCACCUGCACGAGUCCUGCGUGCUCUCGCUGCGCUUCGCCUCGUGCGGCAAGUGGUUCGUCUCUACCGGCAAGGAUAACCUGCUGAACGCGUGGCGCACGCCAUACGGCGCCUCGAUAUUCCAGUCGAAAGAGUCGUCGUCGGUGCUGAGCUGCGAUAUUUCCACCGACGACAAGUACAUCGUGACAGGAUCCGGCGACAAGAAAGCCACCGUCUACGAAGUGAUAUAUUGAGCCAUCGACUCGACGGUGUACUCGAAUACUCGUGCAACGUCGACCGUAUCAAGUUUUUUCUGACUCACUUACGUGUGACCUGACUCGCUAAAAUACAGUGGGAUCGGAGGGGAUGGAGAUUCACCGUCUCUCUUUCGCGCGAAUCCCCGAAUCCACUUCGUUUGUAAAACGAAUGAGGAUACUACGCGAGUCUCGCGGACACAACUACCACCGGACUUUCGGUCGCUAUGGACCCGAGAGAGGUAGAAUAGGAGAGAGAUAGAAGGGGAAAGAAAGCGAGAGAGAGAGAGAGAGGGAGAGAGAGAAAGACGAAAACGAAUCCCUCUCACACACUCCCUGUGCAACAUGCGGGAGCCACCAGUGAUCGAAUUAGUGUGAAUUGCGGAAAUAGAGAUAUAUUUGAAAAGAAAACAGAGGAAUAUAUGAGACGACGCAGGGCGUGUUAGUUGCGUAAAAUUGUAUAGAGCCUAUGAGCCACGUGUGUGACUAGAACAAGAGACACAAACGGGAUAGCGAUGGGAGAGGAAGAAUGAGAGAGAGAGGGAGAGAGAGAGAGAGAGAGAGAAUGAGUGAGUGAAUGAAAAAGAGAGAGAGAAAAAGAUAGACGCAUGUGUAUGAGGUCGCACCCCCCGGACUGUACUAUCGCGCCGGAGGUCGACACGAGGUCGCUUGUGUAAUAUGUUAUAUAGAAUCUUGGAGAUCGUAGACUUGCGUACGUACGCAUGUCCGGGAGAAACGAAGCCGGGGUGUUCCGACGAGGAGUCGAGUGCGCGCAUUUUCGUCGCGAGUGCCGGAGCGCGCGCGAGCAUCGUCGAUGCUGGUCAAUGAUGUGAUGCGAACGACGCCGCGGCGAAAACACCUGAACACGUGUGUGGAACGCUGAUGAUCUAGUGCCGUAGACCUGUCAAAGUAGGGAUGUAUGUUGUGUCGCAGAAUUAUACACAUAAUAUAUUGAGCACACACGGAAAGAAAGACAUCUCCACACACGCAUGCAUACACACACACACACACACACACACACACACACAUACACACACAGAGAGAGAGAGAGAGAGACACAAACACGUAGACAGAACCGUCGUUUGCCGUCAAAUAGCGACGGUAAAACUAGGGCUAUGAAGAAACCGAUAAGAAGCAUCGAUCACGCUGGACGAAAGAGCCGACGUAAAUGCUGAUCUUUGACAUUUCUACCACCGACACGAGGAGCAUAUAAUUUGUACUUAUCGCUUUGAUUUUUAAUUACGAUUCUUUCAUAAUUAUAUAUACAUAUAUAUAUAUAUAUAUGGCACUGUUGCGUCUGCCGUUAAGACUUUAUUGUAAUUGAGAUUUUAUAAAUGGGUCGUGCGCGGAGCUAGGGAGAGAUAGAAAGAGAUCGCGAGGCGGGACAGUGAUAAACGCGAAGAAAGAGAGAGAGAGAGAGAGAAAGAGAGGGAGAAUGCUCACCGGUCUUGCGUGUUUGGACCGAGAUUUAUGCGCGAGUAAUUAGAGAAAUCUGGCUUUCAUACGCCUGUUGUACGAACGGUAAACCAGAUCGGUAAUGAAUAUCUCGACGCGUAGAAAGAGAAAAGAGAGAAGGAGAGAGUUGGGAGCUCUCUUUCUCUCCUUCUCUCUCACUACACAGUUGUGCGCGGAAACUUACCGCGCCGCGCUUCUUUCUUGAUACACAUAACACAGUGUACAUCGUUUGCGAGUACUCGACUGCCAUAAUAGGCAUACAUUACUACGCACACGCAUACGCGUAAUAUACGCGAGCGGACCACGUACGUGGGCGGAUUUUGCAGAAUAUUCAAUAAAGUAUUUUUGUGACUACUCAUCGUGACCCUAGGCUUAUAUAAAAGAAAAAAAACAUAAGGAAAAAAAAA